GGCAUCACGAUUGAGAACACGGACCUGAGACUGUGGUUGAGCAAUUGUGCUUUUCUCGCGGUUACUGAGCCUAUUGACUUCCUCAGUGACUUCGACAACAUCAUCUCCCUUUUUUACUCAUUUGGAUCUGUCACUGACGUGGGUCUUGGAUGGGAUCCCACUAUUGAGCGCAUGUCGAUCUGGGAUAAAAUUUAUUACGCGUUUGCUCUUCAUCACAAGGAUCAGUUUAUGAAGUUUACCACAACACGGCCAAUAACGACUUAUAGCGCUGACUAUAAGGCUAGCAGUGGAACAUAUGAGGCACGCGAUGACAUUACUAGAAAGGUUGCUUCAAAAGACUCGUGGAGAGAAAGCAACCGUGACGCAGAGGGCGCCAUGUUAGAGCAGAUUCUGCUGGCUAUUUGGGAACAGUUUGGACAUGAAGCAGCAGAAGCGGAGAAACAUUUCUUGAAAGUUCUAGCCUACGAAGAUGUUUUAAUUGGUGAUAUCUGUGAUUCAACCUU